UUGAAUAAAAUUUAAUGUUCAAGAAGCGUUUUUCUUAUCGAUAAGCAUUUGUCGAUAUUUUAUCGCCUCGUGCACGCCUGUGCGCGUGGGAGAUGGCGCUAUCGUUCUACAAGACCUUUAAACACCUGUCAUUUCUUUAUCAUCAAAAAUUGACAUCUACGGCAUCUACGCCGCACUUUAACGAUCCGCACACGAGACCGUUCGUUUGCGGAAGGAUUAUUCCUAAGGAAGAUGGGUUCUUUGCAUCUAGCAGAUGGCUCCGAAAAGCCAGCAGAAGUGGAAGGUCAGGCGCGUUUGUACAGCAUGAUGUAUUGCCCCUUUGCUCAUCGAAUACGCCUCCUGCUCAGUUUGAAGCAGAUUCCGCAUGACAUUGUCAACAUCAACCUGCAGAGCAAGCCGCAAUGGUUUCUUCAAAUUCAUCCAGAUGGUAAGGUACCGAUUUUCAUAGAUUCGGAUGGUACAAUAAUAACGGAGUCUGUCGAAGUGGCGAAUUACUUGGACAAGAAAUAUCCCGAACCACCUUUAUACAACGACGAGACGAAAAGUCGCGAUUUAGAGUUGUUAGAUCACUUUUCCAAGAUUAUGGAUAUCUUUGCGAAUUGCAUAUUUGAGAAAGACAAGAGACCAUUUGAAGAGAUUCUUACUGAGGUGACGAACCUCUUACAAGAAUUUGAAAAUGAGCUUAAUGUACGUAAAACAACUUUCUUUGGAGGAAGUAAUCCAAAUAUGUUGGAUAUUCUAAUAUGGCCUUGGUUUGAACGCGCAAAAGCUCUUACUCUACUUUACAAACAGCGUGCAAGUCUUGACAAGGAGAGAUUCCCCCGUGUUAUGGAAUGGGUAGAUGGAAUGAAAGAUCAGCCAUUUGUUUUACAACAUAGAUGCUCAUAUGAAAAGUUUGCAAAAUUCGUAGAAGCUGCAAGAACGGGAAAUGUUGAUUAUGAUAAUCUUUAAACGUAUUUGCCAGUAUAUCAAAAUGCUACGAAAGGAAAUUACACAAAAUGGCUUGACGUAAAUUAAUAUAUUAACAUUAUAGUGUCAACGAAAUUAUUGAUAUUAAUAGUAUAUGUCUGAUUUACAUUGUUAAUUUUUCUGUGUUACGUAUUGUAGAAAAAUUUAAUGCGUUUUUUAUAUAUGUUAUAUUUUUGCAUCAAAUGUUUUUACGCUAAAUUUAGUACACUUGUAAUUUUUAUAUAUUUUAUUGGUAUAUAAGUGCACAAUUUUAAUGCAAUAUUCUAAUUUAUUUAUAGUUAUUGUAAUGCAAAACGAGUCUAUAUGUAAUGGCCUGUACUUUGACAUUAAAUGUAAUUUUAACGUUAAGUGUAAUAUUCUGCAUAACAUUAGGUGUAAUUAUUCUGCAUUUUAACAGGCACUAACUAUGGACAUGUAACUACAGUAUUAUAUUUGUUGCAAUUGCUGUUAUUAUAAAGUGCAAAUUUGCAUUUACAACGUUGUUAAUCCUGUGCUAUUAAUUAAUUUUUAAUAAAAAGACAAAAUACAAGCUUAUAUAAA